CCCUGUCUCGCUCUGCUCUGGCCACGCCCCCUGAGUUUCCCACAGAACAACAUGGCCGCCGAGGAGCUACCGUCUGAAUUUGACGUCGUCAUUCUGGGCACAGGUCUCGCUGAGUCCGUGGUAGCAGCAGCUUUCUCCAGAGUCGGCCAAAGAGUUCUUCACCUCGACAGGAGGAGUUAUUAUGCAGGUAACUGGGCGAGCUUCACCUUCAACGCUCUGCUCACCUGGAUACAAGAGCACCAUGAGGAGUCUCAGCCAGAGGAGGUCCAGGAUUGGUCGAGCCUGUUGGAGGAAGGGGAGGAGCUAAUCUACCUGUCGACCAGAGGCUCCUCCUCCAUCACUAACCUGCAGGUGUUCUGCUACGCCAGUGAGGAAGACGAGGAGGAGGAAGCUCCAAACACCACAGAAGAAGACCAAGGAGGAGACGAUGAAGUCAAAGAAACGCCAGAGACCGAAUCAGCAGAUUCAAAUGAAGAAGAGAAGAAGCAGAAAGCAGGGGGAACUCCAGCCGAAGAGGAAGAGGAGCAGGCCUCCCAGACAGAGGGGGAGGAGCCAACCACCUCUGCUGGUCAAAGCCAAUCAGAGCCAACCAGGAAGAAGAUCAGCUUCGCUCAGCUGGUGAAGGAAGGACGGCGGUUCAACAUAGACCUGGUCUCCAAGCUCAUGUAUUCUCGCGGCUCAUUGGUCGAUCUGCUCAUCAAAUCAAACGUCAGCCGCUACGCCGAGUUCAAGAACGUGACCCGCAUCCUGACGUACCGCGAUGGGAAGGUGGAGCAGGUGCCCUGCAGCAGAGCAGACGUGUUCGCCAGCCGCCAGCUGUCCGUCGUGGAGAAGAGGAAGUUGAUGCGUUUCCUGACUUCCUGUGUGGAGGAGACCGAGGAGCAGCGAGCCUACAACGGUCGGCCAUAUUUGGAGUUCCUGUGUGACCAGAAGCUCGGGGACAACCUGCAGCACUUCCUGCUCCACUCCAUCGCCAUGGUAACAGAAGACACGCCCACGGAGGAGGGCCUGGCCUCCACGCGUCACUUCCUGCGCUGCCUGGGUCGCUACGGCAACACUCCCUUCCUGUUUCCUGUCUAUGGCCUCGGAGAGAUCCCCCAGUGUUUCUGUAGGAUGUGUGCUGUGUUCGGAGGGAUCUACUGUCUGAGACACUCAGUCAGCUGUCUGCUGCUGGACAAGGACACCAACAGGUGUAAGGCGGUGAUUGACAGCCGAGGACAGCGAAUCAGCUGCAGCCAUUUCGUGGUGGAGGACGGUUUCAUUGGGGCGGACUGGAAGAGGGAGGCCACACCCACCAGGUAUCUCUCCCGAGCUGUGUUGAUAACUGACAGCUCCAUUCUGCCCAGUGACUCAGACCAACAGGUUUCCAUGGUAACGGUUCCUCCAAUAGCAGCAGGAUGUCCCGCGGUGAAGAUGGUGGAGCUCUGUCCGUCCACGAUGACCUGCAUGCCGGGAACAUAUCUGGUUCACCUCACCUGUCAGUCAGCUGGCUCCGCCUACCAGGACCUGUCGCCGGUGGUUACCAGGAUGUUCCGCACGCCAGAGUCACAUGACCAAGAGAGCAGCCCGACAGUCCUCUGGUGUCUGUACUUCAACAUGGCUGACGGCUCUGGGCUGGAGGGGGAAGGUCACGACCUCCCCAAUAACGUGUUCCUGUGUUCUGGACCAGACGCUGGACUGGGACAUGAACACGCUGUCAGACAGGCGCAGGCCAUCUUCCAGAAGAUUCUCCCUGAGGAGGAGUUCUGUCCUCCUGCCCCCAACCCUGAAGACAUCGUCUACGACGGAGACAACAACUCGCCCUCUACACCAGGAGACGGAGAGACACUGGAGGGAGAGGAGGAGGAGACACCAGAGGGAGAAGAGAAGGUGGAGGGAGAAGAGAAGGAGGAGAAGGUGGAGGGAGAGGUAGCGAAGGAGGAGAAGGUGGAGGGAGAGGUAGAGAAGGAGGAGAAAGUGGAGGGAGAGGUAGAGAAGGAGGAGCAGAGUCUGCAGACUGAAGAGUAA